GAAGUCACGUAGGUUAGCUGCCAUGUUGAGUUUCCAUUUAUCCUAUUCAUUUUUCUGGCUGCUUGAGGAAGCAGGCGCGAUGGCCAAUGCCUCAACAGACCUGGACAAUGCUGAGGCCCAGAGACAGCUCAACAACAACAACAGGCCUUCAAGCACAGGAUUCUGGGAAACAGAGACCACCAGUGCCAAACUAUUUGAGUGCUCUCGCAUCAAAAAACUAGCAGAUGAAAGGGACGCAGUCCAGAAGAAAACCUUUACUAAGUGGGUGAACUCUCAUUUGGCCCGUGUGUCCUGCCGUAUCUCUGACCUGUAUAAUGACCUGAGAGACGGAUACAUGCUCAUCAGGCUGCUGGAGGUGUUGUCAGGAGAGCUGCUGCCUCGGCCCACGAGAGGCAGGAUGAGGAUUCACUGUUUGGAGAAUGUGGAUAAGGCUCUUCAGUUCCUCAAAGAACAGAGGGUUCAUCUAGAAAAUGUUGGUUCUCAUGAUAUAGUUGAUGGAAACCACCGCCUCACUCUCGGCCUCAUCUGGACCAUCAUCCUCCGCUUCCAGAUCCAGGUGAUUAAGAUUGAGACGGAAGACAACAGAGAGACACGCUCCGCUAAAGAUGCCCUACUUCUGUGGUGUCAGAUGAAAACAGCAGGGUACCCAGAGGUCAACAUUCACAACUUCACCACCUGCUGGAGGGACGGCCUGGCUUUCAACGCUCUUAUUCACAGGCACAGGCCUGAUUUAAUUGAAUUCCACAAGUUGACCAGAUCCAAUGCAACACACAACCUCCAGCAAGCCUUUAACAUAGCUGAACAGAGUCUCGGACUCACCAAACUACUAGACCCUGAGGAUGUAAACACAGAGAAUCCAGAUGAGAAGUCCAUCAUCACUUAUGUAGUAUCCUACUAUCAUUAUUUCUCCAAAAUGAAGGCACUUAUUGUAGAAGGGAAGAGAAUUGGAAAGGUGCUGGACAAUGCUAUAGAAGCUGAGAAGAUCAUUCGCCGUUACGAGGCUUUAGCAUCCGACCUGUUAGAGUGGAUUGAGAGAACCAUUAGCAUCAUUAGCAACCAGAAGUUUGCAAACUCGCUGUCGGGUGUUCAGCAACAGCUUCAAGCCUUUACCACCUACUGCACCAUUGAGAAGCCUAUCAAAUUCCAGGAGAAAGGGAACCUGGAGGUGCUGCUUUUCACCAUCCAAAGUAAGCUCAGAGCUAACAAUCAGAAGCCAUAUAUGCCUCAUGAUGGGAAACUUAUCUCAGACAUCAAUAAGGCGUGGGAGAGACUAGAGAAGGCGGAGCACGAGAGGGGCGUGGCUCUUAGAAAAGAGCUGAUUCGUCAGGAAAAGCUAGAACUUCUAGCUCAACGAUUCGAUCAUAAGACCACCAUGAGGCAGGCUUGGCUGAAUGAAAACCAGCGUCUCGUCUCACAGGAUAACUUCGGCUAUGACCUGCCAGCUGUUGAAGCUGCCAUGAAGAAACACGAGGCGAUCGAAGCAGACAUCAUGUCAUACGAGGAGCGCAUCAGUGUCGUGGUGGAGCUGGCGACCGAGAUGGAGUCAGAAGGGUACUAUGACAUCCGACGUAUCUUGGCGCGCAAAGAAAACAUCUUCGGCCAGUGGAGCCUUCUGAAGGAGCUGGUGGUGGGGCGUAAAGCCCGUCUGGAGAAGAACCUGGCCUUGCAGAAGACCUUCCAAGAGAUGGUCUACAUGAUCGACUGGAUGGAGGAGAUGCAGGUUAAGCUGCUGUCUAAAGACUAUGGCAAACAUCUUCUUGAAGUGGAGGACAUGCUCCAGAAACAGAGUUUACAGGAGGCUGACAUCUCUAUACAGGCAGACAGAGUUCAAAUCCUCAACACUGCAGCUCUCAAAUUCACCACUAUUGAAGGUUACCAGCCGUGUGACCCUCAGGUCAUUUGUAACCGGGUCAACCACGUCAACACCUGCCUAGAAGAAUUAAAGCAGCUGGCUGCAAAACGGCACUCGGAGCUGGAGGAUUCACGCGAGCUUUGGGCCUUCUUUCAGGAAGUAGAGGAAUCAGAGAAUUGGAUCCGAGAGAAGACGUCCAUCUUGGCCACGCAGAGCUGCGGAAAAGACCUGAGCAGCGUCCUGCGACUGCUGCAGAAGCACAAAACUUUGGCUGGAGAGCUGUUGGCGCGACGUGCGUUACUUCAGCAGACCAUGAAGAAGGGCAAGCAGAUCCUCACCCAGAAGAGCUUCGGUACGGCAGGAAUACAAGAACGACUGAUGGAGGUCAAGGCGGAGUGGAAGAGACUGGAGGACCAGGUCACACAGAGACUCUGUAACCUACAGGAGGCGCUGGACUUUUUUCAGUUUAGCACAGAGACGGACGAUCUACUAGCUUGGCUACAGGACGCUUACCGCCUCGUUUCUAGCGAGGACUUCGGACAUGAUGAGUAUUCAACGCAGUCUCUCCUUAAAAAGCACAGAGGUGUCAGAGAGAGUAUCGAUAAACACCGCGUACAAGUGGUGGGCCUUCGGAAACACAUGGUUGCAUUGCCGUUGCAUUAUCGGGAGCUGGAUGAGGUGCGAGCGCGCAUGGCUGAGACGGAGCAGCUCUACACAGAGGUGGCGGAAGUUGGCGUGUUGCGGCAGCAGUGGCUGCAUGAUGCGCUGGCUGUGUAUCGCAUGUUCAGUGAGGUGAACGCCUGUGAGGUGUGGAUCGAUGAGAAGGAGCAGUGGCUGAACAGGAUGGAGGUUCCCGAGAGACUAGAGGACGUGGAGGUGAUCGCACACAGGUUUGAGAGCUUGGACCAAGAGAUGAACAGCCUGAUGGGAAGAAUACUAGACGUUAAUCAGAUCGUCCAGCAGCUCUUAGACAGCGGUCACCCCAGUUCCACUGAAGUCAGGGGCUGUCAAGAUCACUUGAACAGCAGGUGGAACCGCAUCGUGGAGCUGGUCGAGCAGAAGAAAGAUCACCUGGACUCAAUCCUGCGCAUCCAGAACUACUUACUGGAAUGCACGGAGAUCAAGUCCCAGAUUCAGGACAAGCGGAAAGCCAUAGAUGCCACGCAGUAUGUGGGCAGUGACCUGGGUAGCGUGCUGGCGCUGCAGCGCCGUCUCUCCACCAUGGAGGGAGCUCUGGCGGUUCUCGAGCCCAAGCUCCUUCAGCUUCAGGAGGAAGUGGAGGAGCUCGCCACAUCCCAUCCGGACAAGGCUGUAGACAUCCUGGUUCCCUUUGAGGGCAUCAGUGUGGAGUGGGAAGAGCUAAAGCGUACAUUACAAGGCUGUGAGGACUCUUUAACUGUCGCUGGCCGCUUGCAACAGUUCAUCCAAGACUUGGAUUCAUUCCUCACCUGGUUGGUGCAAACUCAGACAGCUGCUGCUUCAGAUGAGCUUCCCAAUGCUUUAGAGGAUGCGGAACGGCUGAUAAACCAACACGCUGCGCUCAAGGAGGAGAUCGGAAGGUACGAAGAGGACUAUGAGCGUCUCCAGGCUGUGAAUGAGCUCUUGGAGACGGAUGAAGCGCCGUUGCCUCAUGGAGCUCUGCAGCAGUGGCUGCACAAGCUGGAUGUGGGCUGGAACAAACUGCUGGAGAUGUGGGAGAGCAGGAGGGAAGUGCUGGUGCAAGCUCACAUCUUCCAUCUCUUCCUGAGGGAUGUCAAGCAGGCCGAGGCUUUCCUCAAUAACCAGGAGUCAGCGCUGGCCCAUGUGGAGCUCCCCACCACAGUGGAGACAGUGGAGGCAGCCAUCAAAAAGCACAAGGACUUUACCACCACCAUGGAGCUCAACCUCCACCGCAUUAAAGCUGUCAUAGAGGCGGGAGAGAGCCUCAUCAGUCAGAACAACAUCUAUUCAGACCGCAUCAGAGAGAGAGUGGAUCUACUCGCUAACAGAGGGAACCAGAACCGUGAACAUGCUCAGCAGUGGCUUCAUAAGCUCAAUGACCAGUGGGAGCACCAGAGGUUUCUACAAGACUGCCAUGAGCUUGUGCGAGAGAUGAUUUGA